AUGGCAAACAUAAUAUGGCACUUCCUGUUCGUUGCCACAUCUGCAACCAUUCCCAUUGUCUGCAGCGGUGCGGCAGUUGAAAAAAUUUCGUCAAUGCCAAUACAGCUAACUAGCAUAGCUGGCAAAGGCGUGAAGGCGCAAGUGCAUGACAGUUAUGGCCAUAACAACAUGGCGAUAGAGACGAUGCUGUAUGAUAAUCGAUGGGCCCCGGAGCCACCACCAUCAGCAUCUAGAAAGCAGCCGUACAACUCGCGGUAUCAUUACACGACCAAGUUUGAUGAGAAUGGAGGAGCGUUAGUCACAAAACGGCGCAGCUAUAGCGAAUCGUUGGAUGGAGGCAGUGCCGGCGGAGGGGGAGGCGGCGGAAUAGCGGCCGUUCUUAAUGGGCUCACAAAUCUCUCGGGCUUGGGUCACAUUAGCAACGGCUAUGGCUCUGUCGCACCCACGCGCCGUGAGACUUUGGCCAUCGCAUCGACGAAACAAGAGAUUCCAAUUUACGAAGAGCAGCAUGAAGAUGCUUCUAUAGCGGCAUUAGCAGUGGCAGCAAACAAUUUGGGCAGCUCCGAUGCCGGCAGUGGCGGAGAUGGCGGUGAAAACAAUCAUCAGCACUCAAGUGCCGGGGUGCACACAGCGAUUUACGAUUUCCCAGCUGGCAGUUCUUCUGGCUUCUUGCCCUCUUCGUACGGCACUGGCACUGGCAGUGGCACUGGCAACCUAGACCACAACAGUUGGACGCCAACGACACCUAAACGCGAUACGCUCGGCGAGGGCGUCGAGUACCAAUCAGGCCAUGCGCACGCCUUUGAUAAAAUCUCUGUUGGCAAUUUUUUGCACCAUUACGAGCAUAAUUCCGGUUACGACGAGCAUCAGCAUCCUUUGCACGCCAUUGCCGAAGCAGCGUCCAGUGGUCCGAGUGAGUAUCAGCAACACCACAACGACGGCCACGACGGCGAGGGUCCCAAUUACUUGCCAGAGACAGCAGGCAACCAUGCACAGCUUCAGCAUUCCCACCACACAGACAUCAUAAACUAUCUGCCCUAUCCGGUGGUCAAGAAGCAACAUAUACCGGUUGAGAAACCUGUGCCUGUUCCCGUAUCCCAUGCGGUCAUUGUGCCCGUGAGAAAACCCGUCCCCAUACACAUUCCCAUAACCAAACAGGUGCAGGUGCCUGUUGAGCAGGAGUUGAAAAUUCCCAUUGAGCGUGUCGUACCCUAUCCAGUGGAGAAGCUUGUGCCCGUGCCAGUGGAAAAGCGUCUGCCCUACCAUGUGGUUAAGUAUGUGCCGAUCAAAAUUCCUAAGCCGUUCCCCGUCAAAGUGCCCGUCUUUAAGACUGUGCUGCACAAGGUUAAGGGCUGGUGGUAG